CAGAUUAUCGUACUGUAGCUAACCUUUAGACACAUUACCAGAGGUUAAACAGCUCGAAUUAAAUCACAGUACACAUAAACAGAUUAAGAAAUGUGUCUCAUUUGGCCAGCUAUCAACUUGCAGAGCUGCGUCUGGUUUGUUCUUGGAUUUAAUACUAUUCAUCAGUCUGAAUCACUGCACAAUAGGUGUUGGAACAACAGUUAUAAAUAAAGCAGCAUUAGCACUGCGAUAGUAAAUGAAGAGCAUGGAGCUAACCAGUUAAUUCAGAGCCGUUUUGUAAGAUCCAAUCCAAAAAUCGAAGUUCUGUUUCUGCAUACUGUGCUGUAGUUCUUAAGUACUACUUGUUAUUAACUCAUUGUCAUCCAAGACACAAGUGACAGUGGCUACAAGGUUCUUAGCUUAACUAUAGCACGUUUACAUCUCCUUGCUGUCAUACAUUAAACAUUUUGGCAACAUAAGGACAAAUGAUGUAACUGUGAAGACUAAAUCCCGAUUUGUGCAAGCUAAUACAUUACACUGUAUAUGUAUCAAAUGAAAGCCUUUAGCAGUUUAGGAUUUGUUUCCAAUUAGAUCCACAUCCACCUAAUCCCUAAGCUUGUCUGUCUGACCCUCUGGCCUCUGACCUUUAAAGGUUUGCUGUAUCACAGAUAGAUUCUAGCACAAGUCAGACCUCGUGUUUUUCUCACGGAUAUAAUGUUCUUGUGUGCAUGCCUACCCUGGCAGAAUGGGUACAUUCGUGACCCUGGCAGAGGUGAUGGAGGCCCGGGGUUCACCACUAGAUGAGGACGAAGUCUGGUGCCUUCUGUUCGCCACAACAGAGGCCCUUUUGGACAUCUCCAGUAAACAUUCAGGCAACAUGUACCACGUGCUGAGUCCUGGUUCAGUGCUGCUGUCAGCCAAUGGAAGUUUGGCCUUUAAGAGCUGUGCACAACAUGAAGAUGUGACUUCCUUCACAGCUCCUGAGGUGCAGCACGCUGCGGCAUCCUCCACCAGGACUCAAGCUGAAAAGAUGGUAGUGUAUUCACUGGGGAUGACUCUUUACUGGUGCAUCGAUUAUCAUCUGCCUCACAAUCAGCCGGUCCAGUUAAGUGCAGAGCUAGAGGGUCUGUUACUCAGUAUGUGUGAGGACACGGUGAUGAGAAGGACUGACCUACUGACGGUGCUGGGGACGUGUGAAGUUCACCAAAAAGCUGCUACACUGCCUCCUGCAGAACACCUCAUCAAACGGCUAGUUGAAGACGUCUACAGAACCUCAGACGAUCAAGUUUCCUUGGCUGAAAAUGGACCCAAACUAGCAGACCGCAGUCAAGUAAUUAGGGAUAGAUUACAUGAGGGAAAACUCAUUUUUCCCAGGAUUCCCUCUGGGGGACGAAACAGAGAGACUUACAGCAGCUGGCAGCAGCUGAACCGAAGUCCUUGCAGUCCGUACUUGGAUGGUUAUCGAAGUACCAACUUGAGAUCCCUGGCACAGUUUAAUUCCACAGCGAGUCUGAAUGACAGGAAAGUAAAGGAAUUGGGCCCUGAGUUUAUAAGAAUGUUAGAUGAGCCACAGGUUGCCUUGGAGUUGCCUGGAUCAAUCGUGUCAAAAAAGGGGAAAUCUCCAACCACCCAGCGAGAGCUGAACGUGGUGAUGCCAAACGGCCAGAGCAUUCUGGUAAAGUGUGAGGUGAAAUCCCGGGGAGGCGACGUCUUUGAUAUGAUCGUGGCUCACUCCAACCUGAUAGAACAUUUCUACUUUGGCCUUGCUUACAUUGAUGACAAUGAGUUUUUCUUUGUGGACAACGACUCCAAGAUUUCCAAAGUUGCACCAGAGAGCUGGAAGAAAGUGCCUUCAACUACCUUUGUUCUUUUCUUCAGAGUCAAAUUCUUUGUCAGUGACAUUUCUCUUAUUUUGCACAGUCAAACCCGUCACCAGUACUACCUUCAGCUCAGGAGAGACCUCCUGGAGGGCAGGCUGUCCUGCCAUGAAGAGACAGCUCUGUACCUGGGAGGUCUUGCCCUGCAGACAGAAUAUGGAGAUUGCAUGCCUGAGGUAUAUUCUAGAAACUACUACCGUCCUGACCAGUAUGUCCCCAAGAGUGUGAUGGAGAAACGUGCCUUGCCUUACAUUCAGGAGGAGUUGCUCAGACUCCACUCCAACAACACACAGCUGGUCCCUGAUGAAUGUGAACUGGAGUUCCUCAAGGUGUGUCAACAGUUGCCUGAAUACGGUGUCUUCUUCCAUCGUGUGACACGUGAAAAAAAGUCAGCAGAAGGAGAGAUAAUCCUGGGAGUUUGUGCCAAAGGAGUCAUGGUGUACGAGGUUAAAGGUGGCUGCAGGUCCACCAGUCAGAAUUUUUACUGGCGUGAGACUGCGACUAUCUCCUCAAAUAGGCGAAAGUUUGUAGUAGAGACCCGUGGCAGCAAGAAGAAGCACACUUUUGUCACAGAGAGUUCCAAGGUAGCCAAGUAUUUGUGUGAUCUUUGUUCAGCCCAACAUAAAUUCAACAAUGAGAUGAAUUCUCGGCAGCUCAGCCACAGCCUUACCUCAGAUUCAAAUAUGGUGCAGUAUGCAGCAGCAUGUCGUGCUCAGCUCAAAUCCUACUCAUGUUCAGAGACACCACAGGAUGAAAGCGGUCUGACCACGCCUCAGAACGAGCCUUUGACAAAGAUGUGUAAUGAUCUGGUUGCCAGGAUGGAGUCCCGUGUUAAACCACACAGCCUCAAUGAUCACAGGUUAAUAGAGUCAAAAAGACCUGAAAGUAUCUUCUCUGGCAGUCGAUGCGGCAGCACAGGAAUGCGGUCUCCAGCUCUUUCUCAAAGGAGUGGAUCUCAGGCGCCCUCUGGUUCUCCACCAGUAAGAGAAAUUCUGACUAAAGUGAGGCAGUCAACAGAAAGAGAAGUCAUAUGUUUGACUUUAAAGAAAGACCCAAAGCUUGGCCUCGGUAUAGUGAUAGUGGGAGAGGAUGCUGUUGGGUGCUAUGACCUGGGCAUCUUCAUUGCCUCCAUUGUCCCAGGUGGACCAGCUGAUAAAGAUGGACGCAUUCAGCCAGGUGGCCGACUGAUCUCUCUGAACCAUGUCAGCCUGGAGGGGGUCACCUAUAGCGAGGCGGCAGAGGUCAUGCAGAGCACCCCCGAGGAGGUGCAGCUCAUUAUCUCACAGUCAAAAGUUCGAUCCAGUCCAAACAGCGUGCCCUCACCUCUGCUGAGAAACUGUGAAUCCCAGUCGGUGUUGAUGGCAGAUGGCCGGUCAGACAACAACAGCCUGGAUGAGAGCGUGUCGCUCACCAUGACACCGAAGACCACCAACAGACUGCAUGUGCCAUGUGAUCUACGAGUCCUAGGACCACAGGAUGGCUGCUCCAUGUCCUCCUCCUUAAACUGUGGCAGGUCAGAGGAGAUCAGCGUGGAGCUCAGGAAGAUCACAGGAAGUCUGGGCAUCAGUAUCUCUGGCGGUGUCGACACAAACCUUCUUAAUGGAGCAAUCUUCAUCAAAAGACUUGUUCCAGGAGGAGCUGCUGAGAGAGAUGGACGAUUACACACAGGUGACAGACUGUUGGAGGUGGACGGAGUUAACUUCCAGGGCUUCUCCUACCAACAGGCUGUGGAUUGUUUGAGUAAAACUUCGGAGGUGGUCACCAUGGUCGUGGAGAGGGAUCAAAUGAACCUGCCCAGGGUUUCCCUGAGUGCAGACACCAACAGCAGCGUCUCCAAUCAGAGCCUGAGUCCAGGGUCCAGUCGACCGAGACUCAAGAGCUGCUCCUCCACCAGCACUCCUCCGAUCUCCAGCAGGGAGCUGCCCAGGGACUACAGCUUCGUCACGGAUGACAAGACCCAGGAGGUGAUGCUGACCAAAAGCUCCAAAGGCCUGGGCUUCAGCUUCAUUAUGUGCGAGCUGGACCCCCCCACCAGGGAGUUUGGCAGCAUGGUACGGAUAAAGCAGCUUUUCCCAGGGCAGCCGGCUGAGCAGAGCGGCAGGAUCCAGGAGGGAGACGUGCUGCUGGCCCUCAAUGGCCAAUCACUGAAGGAGCUGUCCUACUCAAAGGUGCUAAAACUGUUCAAAACUUCACCACCUGAGGUUCGACUGACUCUUUUUAGGCCUCCACCUGGACUUCUUCCGUCCAUGGAUCAGUUUCCAGGCACCUGA